AUGGAGAACAAAAAGUUUUUAGCUUUCCAGAUAAUAUAUCUUCUUGGCUUAAGUUUUGUGUUGUAUUUAUCAGUGGCAGUUGCUAAUGAAGAGGCAGUGCUGGAACCGCUAGCUGAGACACAUGAGGAGCAGAAUAACAUGCAAACUUAUAUUGUUUGGGUGAAGAAGCCAGUCCAGAAAUACUUUUUCUCAAAAUCUCAUGAAGAUUUAGAGAGUUGGUAUCACACAUUUUUGCCCACAACUAUAGCAAGCUCAAACCAGUUGAAGAAGCCACGAAUGGUUCAUGCAUACCGCAAUGUGGCCACUGGGUUUGCAGCAAAAUUGAUGCCCGAGGAAGUAAAGGCAAUGGAAAAGAAAGAAGGGUUUUUGUCAGCUCAUCCAGAGCAAAUUCUGCCUUUGCAUACUACUCAUAGUCCUAACUUCUUGGGGCUGCACCAAGGAUUGGGAGUUUGGAAGGGAUCAAACUAUGGUGAAGGUGUGAUCAUUGGAGUUCUGGAUACUGGGAUAUCACCCGAUCAUCCUUCAUUUAGCGAUGAAGGAGUAGCCCCUCCUCCAGCUAAAUGGAAAGGCAAGUGCAACUUCAAUGGAACAGUUUGCAAUAAUAAGCUUAUUGGUGCAAGAAAUUUCCAAGGUGGGCAAACUACGGGAGGCCCUCCAGUUGACAAUGAAGGUCAUGGCACCCACACAUCCAGCACAGCUGCAGGUAAUUUUGUGAAAGGUGCCAAUGUGUUUGGAAUGGCCAACGGCACGGCGUCUGGCAUGGCACCUUAUGCUCACCUGGCAAUUUACAAGGUCUGUUCAGAGGCGGGUUGUGCUGAAGGUGACAUCUUAGCUGCUCUUGAUACUGCUGUGGAAGAUGGUGUGGACGUGCUCUCCCUCUCGCUCGGAGGUGCCUCAGUUCCUUUUUAUGCUGAUGGGAUUGCAAUUGGUGCAUUUGGAGCAAUACAAAAGGGAAUUUUUGUCAGUUGUUCAGCUGGAAAUUCGGGUCCUUUCUAUGCUUCUUUAGCAAAUGAGGCACCCUGGAUUCUCACAGUUGGAGCAAGCACCAUUGACAGAAGCAUAAAAGCGACAGCAUUGCUUGGAAAUGGAGCAGAAUAUGAUGGUGAAUCAUUAUUCCAGCCAAAAGAUUUUAGUUCAAAAUUUUUACCUCUUGUUUAUGCAGGCGCAAAUGGAAAACAAUCAUCAGCAUUCUGUGAUGCUGGAUCACUUGGAAACGUUGAAGGGGCAAUAGUGUUGUGUGAGAGAGGUGGAGGAGUAGCAAGAAUUGACAAAGGGGCAGAAGUGAAAAGAGCUGGUGGAGCUGCCAUGAUUCUCGUGAAUGCAGAGACUGAUGGUGAUAGCACCUUAGCUGACCCUCAUGUACUUCCCGCAACACACGUGGGUUAUGUUGCAGGUGUUAAAAUCAAAGCCUAUCUGAACUCCACCUCAAAUCCUGCAGCCACAAUCUUGUUCAAAGGAACUGUCAUUGGAGAUGGACUUGCUCCCAAGAUUACUUCCUUUUCAUCAAGAGGACCAAGCAUUGCAAGCACAGGAAUUUUGAAACCUGACAUCAUUGGUCCCGGUGUUAGCAUCCUAGCAGCAUGGCCUGUUUCGGUGGACAAUGGCACAGAAGGUAAGGCAACAUUUAACAUGGUUUCAGGCACCUCAAUGUCCUGCCCCCACCUAAGUGGCAUUGCAGCCUUGCUCAAGAGUUCCCACCCAGACUGGUCACCAGCUGCGAUUAAGUCUGCAAUCAUGACGACUGCUGAAGUACAUAACCUCGAAGGAAAGCCCAUUGUAGACGAAACACUUAAGCCAGCAGACAUCUUUGCCACUGGUGCAGGCCAUGUUAACCCUUCAAAAGCAAAUGACCCUGGGCUCAUCUAUGACACAAAACCAGAGGAUUACAUUCCUUACUUGUGUGGUUUGAAUUACACGGACGAACAGAUACAGGUCAUCACCCAACAAAGAGUGAACUGCUCUCAAGUAGAAGCCAUACCAGAAGCACAGCUAAACUAUCCUUCCUUCUCUAUUAUAGUAGGGUCAUCCGAAGACUCUCGGUCUCAGUAUUAUACAAGGACCGUCAAGAAUGUUGGCCCGGCUAAUUCAACUUACAACUUGGAUCUUUUUGUGCCACAGAACAUGGGCAUGAGUGUGAACCCUCAGGUGCUUAAAUUCACAGAGGUUAACCAGGAGAUUACAUUCGAAGCGGAGUUUUUCGCACAAGACAGUGCUGGGAAGGAUGGUGUACCAUUUGCUCAGGGAUAUUUGCGAUGGGUUUCUGAUCAGCAUUCUGUUACUAGCCCAAUAUCUGUUAUCUUUGCCAGCAAGUGAAAUUAAAAUAGGAUCCCAGUAGAAGUUGUCACAAGCUUGCAGAGAAUAACAGAAACAACUCAAGCCCAAAAUAAGUGCAACUCCAGUGGUGUAAUUGAAUUGAAGUCCUAGAAGAUUUGAUAUUUUUCUUGGAAGCCCUCCAAACCAAUGUCUCCUCUGCUUGUGCAGCAUUGUGAUUGUGAGGUCAACCAUGUCUUACAUGAUGUUUCAGCAAUAAUUUGAAAUUG